AGCUACACAGAGAGCUGCCCAUCUCAGAGAUACAGACAUGGCACCGACAGUCACGGCAGCAGUGAUCUAUUCUCAGGAGCACCUCACUCUGGACAACAAGCUGAGGAAGCCGAUGGUGGAGAAGAUGCGCAGAGAUCGCAUCAACAGCAGCAUCGAGCAGCUCAAGUCUCUCCUGAGCCAAGAGUUCCUCAGCCAGCAUCCCGACUCCAAGCUGGAGAAAGCCGACAUCCUGGAAAUGACAGUUAAUUUCCUGAGACAGCAACGCCAUCACCAGCCAGUGAUCACCUCAUCCUGUGCAGCAGCUGAAAAUGAGGGCUUCUUCAAGUGUGUCCAAGAGAUUGUGGGUUUCCUGUCAAGGGAAGAUGUGAAGACACAGUCCCAGAUGAGACUCCUGAGGCACUUCCAAACCAUGCAGCCUUCCUCUGGUAAAAGCAGGGCUGACAGUGACUCGUCUUGCCAAAGUUCACCAGCUCGUCAUACAGCUAUUAAAGAGAAGACACCAGUCAACGGCGCCCUCUGGAGACCAUGGUGAACUCCAACAGACAGGAGAUCAGACAAACAGAACUGAACAUGUUGAUCUAUGAUGAGCAGUUGUUCUAAAAGUGUAGGAAGUUGUUUCUUCCUUUUCUCUGUAUGCAGGAGAUUUCUGGUACUAUUAUAUUUGAAUCAAAUAUUAAGAUGAAAUAUUUUGAUAUUGAAAUGAACUCAUUUGGAGUUCAUUCCAGCUAUUGGCAAAUUAAUGUUGCUUCUCAUUUCAAGAAAAAUUUCAAAGAAAGAAAUCAUAGCAAAUAUGCUUUGUUAAUGCCUCUUCUGGUUUUAAGCCUACUUCUUACAUAUUGUAAGGUGAUGUCACAUGAAAAUGUUUAUGAGUAAGAGUAUAUCCACAAUUCUUUGUGUGGGAUUUUUAAAAUGAUUAUUGUAUAAUAGUUUGUGUUAUACUGACCAGUCAGAGUGACGUGUAUAUUACACUGGAGUUUUCACGGUCUCAGUGUCUACUGAAAUUGUAGUGUGUAAACCACAUGUGAUAAAAUGUCUUUUAUAAAGACCUUUACUCAAUUGUGAGAGUAGUAAGACUGUCUUUGGAAUAUUUUCAAACUAUCAUUGUUCAUAUGUAUCUCACUGCGUGAGAAGUGAUUUCAGUUCCCUUCAGUGAAAGAUGUU